GGUGGGGGGCGUUCUUGGAGUCAAAUGUCUUCUAGAAAUGGCGGGGUUACACAGUGUACAUACUACCAAAUACCAUUUAGUCUUAUAAGUAUUGAUAUCUGAUACAUCCACAUACCAACUGAUCCACGACUACUCAUACUUUAAAACUUUUGUUGAAAGAGAUGGAGGGGAUCCAGCACAAGACUGUUAGUGCUAAUGGACUCAACAUUCAUAUAGCUGAAAAGGGUCAAGGUCCAUUGGUGUUGUUCCUCCACGGCUUCCCUGAGCUCUGGUAUUCCUGGCGCCACCAGAUUGUGUAUUUGGCUGAUCAUGGUUACCGAGCCGUGGCACCAGACCUGCGUGGGUAUGGUGGCACAACAGGUGCACCGGUCAAUGACCACACCAAAUUCACCUUGCACCAUCUCGCGGGGGAUAUGAUUGGUCUUCUUGCCGCAAUAACAAGUGAAGGUGAGAAGGUUUUUGUUGUGGGUCAUGACUGGGGAGCGAUCAUUGCGUGGUACUUGUGCAUGUUUAGGCCUGAUAGAGUUAAAGCUCUGGUCACCCUCAGCGUGCCAUUUGUUCCAUGGAACCCAAACGGAGACCUCGUCCAGCUCUCAAGACAUGUAUACGGAGAGGAGCAUUACAUGGUCAGAUUUCAGGAACCAGGAGAAAUUGAAGCUGAGGUGGCUAAAAUGGGUAUUCCAGUUUUUCUGAAAAAGUUUUUUACACAUCGAGACGCUGAACCAUAUUACAUAUCCAAAGGCAACGGAUUUCGACAUUCACCUGGUGAUACCCCGGUCACCUUGCCGCAUUGGUUGUCAGAGGAAGAUAUUGAAUACUUUGCUAGACAUCUAGUAAAUACUGGCAUCACUGGUCCUGUUAACUAUUAUCGAGCUCUUCAUUUGAAUUGGGAACUCACGGCGGCAUGGCAUGGUGCUAAAGUGAAUGUGCCAUCAAAAUACAUCGUUGGGGACCUAGACUUGAUGUAUAAAAUGUUUGCCAAGGACUACAUACAUGGUGAUGGGUUUAAAAGAGAUGUUCCACUUUUGGAAGAAAUUGUUAUAAUGAAAGGCUAUGCUAUGUAUAUAUUGUAUCUAAAGGGAAAAUAG